AUGCUUUCUUCCAAAGAGAAAGUUCUGCAAAGGCCUUGGAUAGAAAAAAAAUACAGAAAUCACCGAAGAAAGGUGUUGUCUGCAUAUCCAGCUAUAGAUAAUAAACCUCCUGAACCCAGAGUUCAUGUAGCAAUUAAACAUAAAAAAAUCCAAAAAGAGAACGAACGUUGCUUAAAAAUAGAAAAAGAUAAUUUUUUACUGUUGAAAAAGCUUUGUUGGAUUAUGAAAUCCAAUCGUGUUGACAACUACUGGAGUGAACCAUUACCAAAUUUCAUAAGUCGAGUUAAUAUCAACGAUAAGUCCAAAACAAAAAACAAGAAAAUAGAAACAGAAAAUAAGGAGAAAAUUUAUUUAGGACAAAAUGUUAAAUGUCUUGCUUGUGCACUACAAAAGGAAAUUCCAAUUUCAACACAUGAAAUUUCCGAAGAAAGAAAACUUCCUCUCAGUCUUAAAUUGCGUGGAGCUGAUAUCGUUGCUCAAACGAGAAAGUCAUCUGUACCAAUUUUUUCAAAAAAGGAACAAGUAGUUUCUAAGCAAAAAAAGGUAUCAAAAUCAGUUCCUUUGAAAAAACAAAACUCUAAAGAAAAUGCAAAGGUUUCUUCCAAAAUGGAUAAACAUCAGUUUUCUGAAAUAAAUAGAAACGAGUCAGUGGACGAUUUAUCAUUUAAGACCACCACGAAUAGGACAAACAGUAAAAUUAAAUUAAAUUUUGAAAAUGAAUCUUCUAAAUAUCAUAAUAGCAUUGUCCUGAAUAAAGGAUCAUUGGUAUUAUCUAUUAAUUUUCCUUCAAGUACUUCUGUCAAAUUAAAGGACGGAAGAAACGAAAAGAUUCUCAUGAAAGAAUUCUGUGGAUGUAAAAACGAUACUAAGAUACGCUAGUAUUUUUAAAAUAUAAAUUUUUAAAAAAUAUAUGAACGAGAAACAUUAAACCUAUGAAGAUUUUGUCUUAACUAAUCUAAG